AGAGUCAGUGUAAACGUGUCGGUGGUCUGGAGGAGAGCUCAGUGCACUUGGGUUUAUUAAAUAGCUUGUUUUCUAUGCUGAAGUGAGACGUUUGAGUUUCUGGGUCACGCCAAGCUCACCAAUAGACUGGAUAAUUAUUUCAAUAGAUUAAGUAGAGUACACUAGAUUAGAAUGAGUAGCACAUACCUUGUCCUUGUGAUUCUCAUUGUGUGUGCUUACACAACUGAGGCAACUCAAUCCAGUUUCUGCAAUAUCAAGGCCUCUGGACUAUAUGCAGAUCCCAAAGACUGUUCCAAGUUUUACAGUUGUCUAGACUCUAUCACAUUCCAGCUCCUAUGUCCUACGGGACUCUACUUCAAUGAAGUUCACAAAGUCUGCGACUGGCCAGUCAAUGUACAGUGUCCUAAGGCACCCCAAGUCGAUUCAACUACAACAGUCACCAGCGUUUUUAGUUCAUCUGUAUUGCUUUCAGCGUUGACAACACUACCCGAGAGGUCUACUAGGACCGAUGCAGACGUCACUGUAAGCUGGACAGCUCCCACCACAGAUACAAUAACAUCUUCUUCCUUAUAUACCAACAUAGGAAGCGUUUCAACUGCAGCUCAAACUAUCAACUACACAAAGACUGCACAUGGCGAUCAAGCAGUCACAACCACCAUGUCUGGACUAAUUGUCCCCUCGCUAAUAUUCUGCAGCGACAAAAGAGACAGCCUAUACGCAGACCCUAUGGACUGUGGUGGAUUUUACCAAUGCCACAGAGGCUACACAUAUCAUUUCCAAUGUGGCCAGGGGCUUCUAUUCAAUGCACUGUAUCAAUACUGCGAUUGGCCUUACAACGUGAAAUGCGGGAAACAGCAGACGGGGCAGUCUGAGACACGCGUAGAAACAAACUUUCAAUACUCGAGCAGCACCGUGAGAACAGGGCCAUGGUCAACUUCGUCAGCACCUAGGGCGUCAGGGAGCUCGUCCCCCGGAUGUGGAAAAAUUGUCUGCUAUGUCUCCAACUGGUCUAAAUAUAGAUUUGGAGACGGCAAAUUCACUGUGGAUAACGUCAACCCCAACCUGUGCACUCAUGUUAUUUAUAGCUUUGUCAAACUCAGUGGCAACAGAUUAGUGCCUAUAGAACUCACUGAUGAGCCCAGUGAAGGGGAUGUUGGCAACUUUGCUAGAAUAACACGACUGAAGAUGCUGAACCCCAAACUCAAAGUUCUUCUAGCCGUUGGUGGUUGGUCUUCCUCUUCGACAGACUUUUCUCUUAUGGCAUCCUCUAAGGAAAGCAGAGAAGAAUUUGUAACAACAAUAGUGCAGUUCUUGAGACAGAGAAACUUCGAUGGUUUAGACUUUGAUUGGGAGUACCCAGCAAAUGAAGCUGAAAAAGAACUUCUCACUCUUCUGUGUGAGAAAAUUCGAAACGCUUUCGAAUUGGAGAGUCAAGGCGAAAGUCGACUUUUGUUGACAGUGGCUGUGUCGGCAGGUAAAUGGACCAUUGAUACUGCCUACAAUAUUCCCAGGAUGUCCACAGCUGUAGAUUUCUUCAACCUCAUGACCUAUGACCUGCACGGUCCAUGGGAACAGAAAACAGGACACCACAGUCCCCUUCUGCCAGGAAGCUGGGAACAAAGCUACGAAGCCUACCUCAACAUCGAUUGGGUGGUCAAGUACUGGGUCAGCCAAGGGGCACCCAAAGCCAAGCUGGUCAUUGGCUCUCCCCUGUACGGAAGAACAUUUACACUAGCCGACAUGAGCAACACGGGGGUAAUGUCCCCUACAUUUGGUGGCGGAAGCCCCGGGCCAUAUACCAAUGAAGCGGGCUUUCUGUCUUACUACGAAGUAUGUCAGAGACGAGGCGGACAAGCACACGAGUAUGUCAUAGAAAGUCAAAAAGCUCCAUACAUGGUCUAUGGGAAUCAAUGGAUAGGCUACGACAACCAGGUCAGUCUGAGAGAGAAGGUCAGAUACAUCAGACAGAAUAACUAUGGAGGCAUCAUGUUAUGGGAGCUAUCUUUCGACGAUUUUAACGGCUCGUUUUGUCGAGAAGGAAAGUUUCCAUUGUUGACUGCUAUAAACGACGAAUGCUAUAACUAACAUUUUCCUUUACUAGCACAAUUUUGUUUAAGAAUUUACUUAAAAUUGUUUUAUAUCAUUUUAACAUAAUGGCAUGUCAACAUUGUUGUUUUUUCUCGGAAAAAGUGUUUCAUGGAUAAUUAUUAAUCGUUUUGUAAACAUGUACCCUCUUUCUUGAGAUAGUAGGCCAAAUGGAGAUGCAACCGGAUUCCCUUUUUAUCCAGAAAAGAAGUCAGGGAGAGGGCUGUAGGUUCCAGCAGCGGGGCCUUUUUCUCGUAGUAAAAAGUGGUUGGACGGGUGGAUACUGAAGUGUUUUCUGGCAAUAUGAUGGGACUAUUCAUCCUGAUAAAAAAAAAGUCGUAGGUCAAAUUAAGUAGGCCUUUAAUACAGAAGGAGGCAGCCGUAAGGUAAUCUUUGUAGUAAGUAAGACGUCUUGCAGCGUCACUUUUUUGUUUCUGACACACAAAACCAUCAACCUACAACAGUCAAGUAAAACUUCUAAUAUUCUGUCACAAGAAAAUCUAGAAGAAUCGCGGUCACGAUAUCGGAGACGUUUUGAAACGUCUUCUUCGAAAGAUUUGGAUUCAAUACUGUUGCAGACACCUCUCAUAUCUUAAAAAGUCCUCAUAAGAAGAUGAAGUGACGUCUCAUACUUAGAAUAUUUUAGUUUUAAACUUGUGAUGAUAUUAUCAUUUUACUUGAUUAAGAUUUAAUUUGUUUGGCUUGAUAAAUGUAGGCCUAGUGCAAGUAUUACACUUUAUUGAAAAUUGUAUUUCUAUGAUACAAUUUAACAUUAUUGAGAUUAUUGAAUUAAAGUAUUCAAGUUCAUUCACCAAAUGGUUCCACAUGUGCUUAUUUUAGUGACAAUCUCAUAUUAAGCUUGAGUGCAAUAAAAGAUUAGAUAAAUCCAAUCAUGACAUCUGACAUUUACACACAUUCAGUAGAACUAAAAGCUUCUUUCUAAUUAUGGUUGGCGGUAAAAAAACAAACAAAAGUAAUAAAUUGAGGCCAGUAAACAUUAGUAGAAAACACCAAAGUGUGGUGAGUGGACAGAAAAAUAUAGAAGUGCAGAUCUCAGAGAGGAAGUGGAGAUGGAUUGGUCACACCCUUAGAAAAGAUACCAGCAACAGAGCUAGGCAGGCCUAGAGUGGAACCCCCAAACAAAAGUAAUAAAUUGAGGCCAGUAAACAUUAGUAGAAAACACCAAAGUGUGGUGAGUGGACAGAAAAAUAUAGAAGUGCAGAUCUCAGAGAGGAAGUGGAGAUGGAUUGGUCACACCCUUAGAAAAGAUACCAGCAACAGAGCUAGGCAAGCCUAGAGUGGAACCCCCAGGGAACAAGACGCAGAGGAAGACCAAAAAGAACAUGGUGACUUAGUGUACUUGAAGAAGCAGAGAAGACCGGAAACAGCUGGGAAACCAUAAAAAAACUAGCAAGAGACCAUGGAGAGUGGCGUGUUUUUGUCGAGGCCCUAUGUUCCAUGAGGAGCUCAAAGGAGUGAUGAUGAUGAUGAGUAAACAAUAGGAAUGGAAUGAUAAACAGAAAGACAACUUCACGCAAUUAAAAGCUUAAACACAACCCAGUGACUAAUUAGACAUUUUACUUGUUAAAUAAUACAGACAACAACCACACACAAAACAAGGUUACAAAAGACAGUUUGUGUGGAAACACAAACUCAAAAUCGGCCCCCGAAGAGGUCCACCCAGGCAGGCUUCAAUAUUUUCAGAAAGAACAUCCAAAUGAAAUUAUAUCAAAGACAAAUGAGAGAUAAGAAUGGAGAAAGAAGGUAAACAGAUCUUGUGUAGUGCCCCAACGGUCCCGCAAAUCAAAGGAUAGGUGUAAGUGAAUGUAAAGUUAGAUGUGAACCUGGCCUAACUAGUUCCCCUUUUAGACCUUGUGGUCUAUAGGGCAGAUGAUGUAAAGUUCAUCUGUUUUUGUGGCCUACGGUUAGCGAGGGUGUCAUGUAGCCAGCACAACGACCAACCGCCUAUACUUUUCCCCAACUAAUGUCAGGUACCUAUUAGAGAUGAGUGGACUCAGAGGCGCCCAAACAUUCCAAAGUUGAAAAUCCCAGUCUUCACCAGGAUUCAAACCCGGGACCCCCGGUUCGGAAGCCAAGCGCUUUACCGCUCAGCCACCGCGCCUCCCCUGGCCUAACUGAUGUCUUAUAAUUGAUCUAAUUGUUUUGAAAAGGCUCAAUCUCUUAUUCAAAU